AUGUUACGCAAUGCUUGUGUAUAUGUAUUACCUAGAGUGAGACGUCUAGUACAAGUAGGUGAUCAUCAUCAUUUGGGAACGUGUGCAUAUUCAAGUGGCAAGCCAAACAAGAGUGGCGGCAGCAUUAGCUACAACACCUCUACAAAGAACUUGGACACAACAAGAGGUGUACUGCCAAAGUCCGUCUCGUUGAAUCUUAAAUCCAAGUCACAAUGGCUUAAGAGACAACUUAGUGAUCCUUAUGUUAGACAGGCACAUGCACAAGCGUAUGUGUCGAGGGCUGCAUUCAAGUUGGCUGAGAUGGAUGAGAAGUUGAAGAUAUUGAAGCCUGGCGCAUUGGUUGUGGAUCUUGGUGCAACACCCGGAGGUUGGACACAGGUCGCACAGCGCACUGUUGGUGACACAGGCGUUGUAAUAUCAGUGGACAUCAAUGAGGAAGGAUUUGAACUGCCUCAUUCUCACUUCAUUGCUGGUGACUUUAGUCUGCCCGAGACCAAGUUGGCAAUCAAGGCCAAGAUUCAGGAGGCACAAGAUGAGCGAUCGCCAAAGAAGAAGUUGGUGUUGCCCACAAGCAGCGGCAACACUGUUGGAUUCGUCGAUGUAGUACUGAGCGACAUGGCUCCACCAUACUGUGGUGUCAGUAACAUUGAUCAUGAUCGUCUGAUGGAGCUUGCCAAUCAGGCGUUGCAGUUUGCAAUCGAGACUCUCAAACCUGGUGGAUCAUUCAUUUGCAAGGUGUCUAGAGGUGGAACAGAGUUGCGCAUGCUCAAACAUAUGGAGCGAUUCUUUGGCACAGUCAAAUCAAUGAAGCCCGAUGCUUCAAGGCAAGAGUCAACAGAGAUAUACUACAUUGGCCUCAAGUACAGGCCUGUCAAGGAUACUUCACAAUCAAGCGGGGACAACACUGGCAACAAUUCUGGACAAAGUAUAUACGAUGAUUGA